UAGUUUUUCAGCAUCACUCUGAGACAAGACCUUUCUGAUUUUAGAGAUAUUGCGUAAAUGCAAAAAAGCAGUCCUACAUAUUUGUUUAAUAUGCGCUUUAUACUAGCUUCUGCAUUUUUCUUACUGUUUAAAAUGAUUUCUCAAUCUAAAUGCUUAGUUUAUAUUAUUUUAACAAUAUUUUAAAGUCCUUGACCUUUAUCGCUGGUCUCUCUCCCUCAUAAAAAUCUCUAGGCUGUAUUGUGAAGCCUCUGAACAUCAGACCAACAUCGGGCCACACACUGGAAACACACAGCUCUUAGCUUCCAGUGGAAAAAAAGGCAGUGGACUGACGUUGGCCAGCAAAGAUGUUGGGAAGCUUUUUUAACCAGUGCUGGGGACCUUUUCCAGUCUCUGGCCAAGAACAACGCUGUGGACUUGCUGGUGAGGACGGCUGCUGCUGGUGCCCUCUGCUAUUAUGGCGUUAAAUGGUAUUCUGAAGCCAUGGACCCAACGUCCAAACAGAAAAAACAAGCAAAGAAACAGGCAGAAGCACUGAUGAAGAAGAUUGGCAUCGAGGGGUCUCCCUGACAGAUUAUGAGAUGAGCAUUGCAGCUCAUCUCAUUGAUCCCAAAUCAAUGACGGAGUCAUGGGCAGAUAUUGCUGGUCUUGAUGAUAUUAUCGAGGAGCUGCAAGAUAAUGUCAUCCUGCCCAUCCAGCAGAGGUACCUCUUACUUCGGUCCAAACUCUUCGUGCCUCCUAAAGGUGUUUUGUUGUGCGGUCCUCCUGGCUGCGGUAAGACGAUGAUCGCCAAGGUGGCAGCUAAAGCUUCAGGGUGCCACUUCAUUAAUCUGCAGGCAUCCGCACUGACAGACAAGUGGUACAGUGAAUCCCAGAAGCUGACAGCUGCCGUCUUCUCAUUGGCUGCUAAAAUUCAACCAUGCAUCAUCUUCAUUGAUGAGAUUGAUUCAUUUCUGAGGAAUCAGUCCAGCCAGGACGGUGAAGCCAUCGCAAUGAUGAAGGCCCAGUUCUUGAGCCUGUGGGACGGUCUGCAGGGUUCUGGCCAGGUGAUGGUGAUAGGAGCCACUAAUAGGCCAUACGACAUUGACCCGGCUAUUCUGAGGAGGAUGCCCACCGCGUUCCAUGUCGGACUGCCAAAUACAGGACAGAGACAACAAAUCCUUCGGCUGAUGUUAGCAGGACAAAAUGUGAGCAGCUCCAUCAAUCUGAAGGAGAUCGCUGAGCAGACAGAAGGGAUUUCUGGCAGCGAUCUGAAAGAGAUUUGCAGAAAUGCUGUGAUUCAUCAAGUCCAUGAACAUGUAAAGAGGAAGAAGAAGAGGCAGAGUUCUGAGCAGCAAACCGACAGCCAGGGUGGUGGAAGUGCUGCGGAGGAGCAACGCGUGCAGCCAGUCACCCAGAUGGACCUGCUCUUUGGAUUAACCAAGCUGAAGGAAUCUAAGCGGGCCACGUCCUGCGCUGUCCCCAACACCACCAGACCCUGAGCAGAAACCCCUCCUCUGAAGAACAACCCAUUUCAAGGUGCAACCAAUAAGACUCGAAUAUUGACGCAACCUCAUGACCUGCCACAGAAGAUUGUG